AUGGAGAGCCCAGGAACGGAACAUGACGAUUCCUUCGACUAUUUGUUCAAGAUCAUCCUGAUCGGAGAUUCCAACGUGGGCAAAACCUGCGUGGUCCAGAACUUCAAGUCCGGGGUUUUCUCGGAAAAGCAGCAGAACACCAUCGGGGUGGAUUUCACUGUGCGCACUUUGGAUAUUGAGGGCAAGAAAGUCAAGAUGCAAGUUUGGGACACGGCAGGCCAGGAGCGCUUCCGUACCAUCACGCAGAGCUACUACCGUAGCGCUCACGGUGCCAUGAUCACCUAUGACAUCACGCGGCGUGGAACCUUCCAGUCGGUCAGUGACUGGAUACGAGAGGUGGAGCUUUACGGGGCGGCCAAUGUUGUUCUGGUUCUUAUUGGUAACAAAUGUGACUUGGAGUCCGAGCGUGAGGUUCUGUUUGAGGAUGCCUGUUCUCUUGCUAAAGAACGGGGCGCACUCGCCGCCCUGGAAACAUCCGCCAAGGAGGGUCAGAAUGUAGAGGAGAGCUUCAUGAUGAUGGCGAGGGAGCUCCUGUCUCGUAACGGGCUGCAGGUCCAGCAGGAUGAGCUUGAGAACUUUGGCAGGCCACGACUUCUCAGGACUAACUCCAGGCCGGUCAACGGAACUUUGGGCACUUUCACGUCCGCUGAAAAGAAGUCAUGUUGUUGA